AUGCAAUCAGCAAAUAGGCUGGUGCUGAUGAAAGCGCCUGCAGUCGCGCGCUUAUCAGAAAUGAUGGGAGAGUUUCUCAACAACACCGGUAACGGCGCAUCAAACAAGUCUCUGAUGGACCAGGACAGAUUCAGCAGCCUAGAGGACAUAGACGUGACCGCGGACGGUAGUCCGGCUCUCAGAUUCAUUAUCUCCACUGUGUAUUCGGUAGUUUGCGCUGUGGGCUUAAUGGGGAAUCUACUGGUCUUUUUCCUAAUGAAGGUAAGACAAGGGAGAAAGAAAUCCACCAUAAACUUCUUCAUUCUCAACCUGGCUGUGACAGACUUCCAGUUUGUGUUGACUCUCCCUUUCUGGGCGGUGGACACCGCUCUGGACUUCAGCUGGCCGUUUGGAGAUGCGAUGUGCAAGAUCAUUCUCUCCGUGACUGUGAUGAACAUGUACGCCAGCGUGUUCUUUCUCACGGCCAUGAGCAUCACGCGCUACUGGUCUGUCGCCUCAGCUCUGAAGAACCGAACCCGUCAGACUUACUGCUCGGUGAAAUGGGUGAGCGCGGUGCUGUGGGUCUCAGCCACUGUGGCCACCGCACCGACAUCGAUCUUCUCCACGGUGACAAACGUGGCCGGGGAAAAGCUCUGUCUGUUGAAGUUCCCUGAUGGCCAGUACUGGUUGGCGCUCUACCACCUUCAGAAAAUCCUGGUCGCCUUUGUUUUACCAAUGUUAAUAGUUACAAUCUGCUACAUUUUGCUUCUGCGGUUCAUCCGUCGGCGGAGCAUGAAUAACAACCGCCCCAAGCGGAGGUCGAGAGUCACCAAAUCUGUCACCAUCGUGGUUCUUUCGUUCUUUCUUUGCUGGAUGCCGAACCACGCCAUCACAUUCUGGGGUGUCCUGGUUAAGUUCAACGCGGUCUACUGGGAUCAAACGUACUACAUGGUUCACACCUACGUGUUUCCAGUGACUGUCUGUCUAGCCCAUGCCAACAGCUGUUUAAACCCAGUUCUGUACUGUCUUAUGAGAAGAGAAUUUAGGAAGAUGCUGAAAGAUCUGUUUUGGAGAAUUUCUUCACCCGCUAUAUCUAACGCCUGCGCAAUUCGUCAAUUUUCCGGCACCUUAAAACCAGAAAAUGAGGACACACAGGUGGUUAUUCCGCUGAACGUCAUUGACACUGAACAUUGUAGACUGUCCGUCAUUAACGGACAAUGUGAAGCCCUGCAGUCUUCUAGCGCCAUGCAGAGAAAAUAA